UGCUCCCACCCAAAAUUUGUUACUUUUCAAACAGUGCCGCCGCAACGCUGCCGGCUCUCAUGGCAUUUUCCACUCGUCUUUUCAUCUUUGGCUCUCACUCGGCACAGGUUUUCACAGUAGAGCUGCGUGAUGUUAGGAAUGCUUUACAGACUCUAUUUCUUGGUUGCCUCAUUUUAUUGUGUGCACUGGCAACAAACAUUAGCUGCUCAGAUUCAACGACCUUAAAAAUCUCGAAGAUGUCAAUCGAAAACGCCUUCCGGCUUCCUUCUCCGCUGCCCCAAUGGCCACCGGGAACUGGUUUCGGCGGCGGAACGAUUGACCUGGGGGGAUUAUUGGUGUCACAAGUAUCAACCUUUACUAAAAUCUGGGCGGCCCAAGAAGGCGGACCUGACGGAAUGGGGGCCACCUUUUUCGAGCCGUCCGCCGUACCAGACGGAUUCCACGUGCUCGGACAUUACGGCCAACCCAAUAACGCGCCACUUUUCGGGUGGGUCCUGGUGGCGAAAGACGUCACAAACGGCGGCCGAGCGGCUUUACAGACGCCGGUGGACUACACCCUUGUUUGGAGUAGCGAAAACGCCAAGAUUAAGCAGGACGGCGCCGUUUAUAUCUGGGCGCCGGUGCCCUCCGACGGGUAUAAACCCGUCGGUCACGUCGUUACCGCCUCUCCUCAGAAACCCCCUCUCGACAAAAUCCGAUGCGUUCGCGUGGAUUUCACCGACGUCUCGGAAACCGAGGAUUGGAUCUGGGGAACAAACGGGCUCAACGUUUACUCUUCCCGCCCGAAAAACAGGGGAACUAAAGAUUCCGGUGUAAGCACAGGCACAUUUCUCGCCGGAGAUUCCGUCCCAUCUUGUCUCAAGAAUCUUAACACCCCCAACCCAUCUUCAAUGCCCAAUCUACCCCAAAUCAAAUCUCUCCUCCAAACCUACUCCCCAUGGAUUUACUUUCACCCCGACGAAGAAUUCCUCCCUUCUUCCGUCCCCUGGUUUUUCAAAAACGGCGCGUUACUCUACACCAAAGGCCAAGAAUCUUCGCCGGCGCCUAUCGAACAAACCGGCGCGAAUCUCCCGCAAGGCGGCAACAGCGACGGGGCGUACUGGCUGGACCUCCCGACCAACGACGCAGACAAAGACAGAGUUAAGAAAGGAAACCUUCAAGAUUGCACGUGUUACGUUCACGUUAAGCCGAUGUUGGGUGCGACGUUUACGGACAUUGCGUUGUGGAUGUUUUACCCGUUUAACGGUCCGGCCAGGGCGAAAGUGGAAUUCCUGACGAUAAAACUGGGGAAGAUCGGAGAACACGUCGGAGAUUGGGAGCAUGUGACGUUGAGGAUCAGCAACUUUAAUGGGGAAUUGAAAAGGGUGUAUUUCUCAGAGCAUAGUAGAGGAAUGUGGGUGAGUGCCUCUCAGGUUGAGUUCCAAAAUGGGAACAAGCCGGUUGUCUAUUCAUCUUUGCACGGCCACGCAGCUUAUCCCGCACCUGGACUGGUAUUGCAAGGAAGCAAAGUCAUAGGUAUAAGGAACGACACGGAGAAAGGGAACACGGUGAUGGAUACGGGGGCGAGUUUUUCUAUAGUGUCAGCAGAGUAUUUAGGGUCUGUAGUUACAGAGCCGCCAUGGUUGAACUACGCUAGAGAAUGGGGUCCAAAGAUCAACUACGAUAUUGCCAAGGAGCUGAAGAAGGUGGAGAGGUUCAUGCCAGGGAAGCUGAAAGCUGAACUGGAGAAAGUCGUUAGAAGCCUUCCUAAUGAGGUUUUGGGCGAGGAAGGACCGACUGGUCCUAAAUGGAAAGACAGUUGGAGUGGAGAUGAAAGGAGUUAGACCCAUUAACACAAUUAAAUAAAUAAAUCCUAUUCACUAAUUAUCCUGAAUUAGUUGAUCCCAAUUUGCUUAAAAUAAAUAUAUACAUAUUUUUAAUUGCU